GGGGUAACGCAAUCUCUCCGAAUGAACUGCCUCCACUCAGCUGACAGAGACGCACUCGUCCGCUCUUAGAUCACUCCUUGACAUCGCGCAUGGAUUUUGCGCGCGCUUAAGUGUUGCAUUCGGACAUCUUUCGCACAAGUUGCAUGACUUCUCGCUCAUGAUACCACGGACAAGCUGGAAUUUACGCAAGCGAGAUGAUAUGCAUGAGUUAUCCCGAUGAGUUCAGCUAGAGUGUUUAAGAUUUCCGUUGAAGAAACCAGCAAGAAAUGAAUAUGAACCUCUUGAACGGCAUAGUUCUGCUCUUAGUUUGGCACGCGCACACGGUCAACGGUAGACAUCCCAACUGUCAUUUUCUGUAUGAGCUACAGAUGGCCGAGAAGGAAUGUUUGGGCAUGCUGGCGGAUGAUCUGUCUUUGAACUCCAAAGGUUGCGGUGGAAUGUGGGAUAAUUUUUCUUGCUGGCGCCGUGCAGAUAUCGGAGAGGUGGUCAACAAUACUUGCCCAACUGCCCUAAAAAAUCUGUUUACCAGAGAUGGGUUCAUUACAAGGAACUGCACUACACAAGGCUGGUCUGACAUGUAUCCUAGCAUCCGCAGUGUUUGCUUUGAGUCCAAUCCAAAAUCAACCAAGCUUGUCUUUUACACGGUGGUGAAGACCCUUUACACACUCGGACACAGCCUCUCUCUCAUCGCACUUAUCACCGGCAGCACCAUCCUCCUCCUAUUCAGAAAACUCCACUGCACAAGGAACUACAUCCAUCUGAAUCUGUUCUUCUCGUUUAUACUGAGGGCUAUCGCUGUGCUGGUCAAAGAUGCCAUUUUGUUUUCCCAUGAGAAUGUAGACUGCACAAAGCAGCCAUCGCUGAUUGGUUGCAAGGCCAGUCUGAUCAUCUUCAAUUACUUCAUCAUGGCAAACUUCUACUGGUUGUUGGUGGAAGGGCUAUACCUUCACACCCUGCUGAUGGUCAUCUUCUCUGAGAAUAGACACUUCAUCAUUUAUCUGCUCAUUGGAUGGGGAUUCCCCACCGUGUUUGUGAUUCCAUGGAUCAUUUGUAGGAUUUAUCUGGAGGACACAGGAUGCUGGGAGAGAAAUGACGCCCCGAUUCCAUGGCGGGUGAUAAACUGGCCAAUAAUGGCAUCAGUCAUUAUAAACUUCAUUCUGUUCAUCAGUAUCAUUCGAAUCCUGGUGCAGAAACUAAGGUGUCCGGAUGUUGGGGGAAACGAUCAGUCUCAGUACAGGAGGUUGGCCAAGUCGACACUUCUGUUGAUCCCUCUCUUUGGAGUCAACUUUGUUCUUUUCGUUUACAUCAUAGAUGAAAAUGAUGAAAUGGAAAACUACAAAAUAUUUUUUGACCUUGGCCUGGGAUCCUUUCAGGGCUUAGUGGUUGCAAUUCUGUACUGUUUUUUGAAUACUGAGGUCCAGAGUGAACUCAAGAGGAAGUGGCGGAGUUUGCGCCUGAAGCGAUACAUUGGCCGAGACUACCGUCUGCACAGCUCGUCCAUAUCCAGGAACGGCACAGACAACAUGGCCCAGUUCCACCGGAAUUCCAGAGCCCAGUCUUUCCUGCAGACUGAGACCACCGUGGUGUGACACUCCAAGACCUCACAUCUGAGGCAGGAUUUAUACACAUGCACUGAUGAAUCCUGCGAUUAGGUCAAUCCCCCCUCAGGUGGAAAAUCUGUUUGUUUUUUUUGCUUUGUUGAAGAGGACAAGGCUUUUUGCCAUUGGAACAUGACAGUGACAUGGAGCACACAUAAGACUUCUGCAAUAUCUAUGAUGGGCCAUGACACACUGACUGUCAGUGAAAGUCAUUUUGAAUGCUGUCUUUUGAUACCAAAUUUCACUAACGGCCACCAAAAUACACUGGAGCAAUACACCCAGAGUUAUAUUUGAUGGUUUUAAAAGGACUCCAUUUUCUUUUGUAAAUUAAAUGCAUGUCAUAGCUUUUAGUGAACACUUUUAUAGCAUUAGGCUCUGAUUAUAUAAUAGAGUUAUGUAAAUACUUCUUAAAGCCUACAGCAAUUUUCUUAGAUGGUCACUCAGACAUAGCGCAGUGCUUUCACUGCAGUAUCAACACAUGAAAACAUUUUCAAUGCUCUGAAUGUCCCAGUGUCAGUUGGAAACCAAGAACACACUUCAAUUUCUUGGAUGAAUUGUAGAAGAAGUAGGUUACCUCAAUGGCAAACUCAAAUGUGAGUUUUUUUUUUAAAGGGGACAGUAUUGCCGGAGGUGUCCAGAUUAUCUCUGUAUGAAAGAAAGACUUCUGUUUCAAGAGAUAAAUGUGUAUCAGAUACCUUUGUUCAUGAAGUGGACAAUGUGGAGACUAAUCUGUACCGAAAACCCAAUUGUGCACUUACAAUGAAUAUUUGUGAUAAAAUCUAAAUGUCUUACAAUGAUAUUGAACUGUUGUCUAGAGCAUUACUUAAUGCAAUUUAUUUAAUUUCUUUCAUUAUAAGACUCUUAGGAAUUUGUUUGUCAGUUUUGUCUUGUAUACCUUCAUGUUGCCUGAAGAAAAGCCACAUUGUGAUCAGUUAUAACCUGAAAUACUUAUUUCCAGGAUAUGUAUAUUAUAGCAUGUGAAUGUAACUCAUUUCUUUAUGUAUAGAUUUCAGAGAGAUUUCAGCAGUCUCAUGAAUGAAAUGAGAUUCAUUGAUAAAAAAUAUUUGAGAUAAAUAUUUUGUAUGCCCCAUUAAGAAUGUGUCUGAUGAUAAACCAAAC